AUGGCAAAUUAUACGCCUACAGAAGUAGUCGAUAUUCUUAUAACCUUUGGUGAAUGUAGUAGAAAUUACAGACUUACUGCCCGUACUUAUGCGGAGCGAUUCCCAAAUCGCCGCCAUCCUACUGAUCAACAAAUUAUAAACAUUGAAAGGAGAUCUCGUAAUAAUCCACUUCAUCGCGAAAGGCGAAGGAAUAGACUUCAUAAUAAUAAUGACUCUAGAUUGCUCGCAGUUUUGGCUAUGGUUCAUCAAAAUCCCCAUAUUAGUACCCGUCAAAUAGAACGAGAACUGGGAAUCCCUCAAACUACGGCACAUAGAUUGUUACGAUCAGUCAAUUACCAUCCGUAUCAUAUUACUCUGGUACAGGAAUUAAGUGAGGCCGACUACGUACUCAGAGUACAAUUUUGUAGAUGGGCUCUUGAGAUGUUAGAUCAGAAUCCAGAUUUUUUUAGUAAUGUUUGUUUCAGUGAUGAAGCAACAUUCAUCAGCAAUGGUAGUCUCAAUAGGCAUAAUUGCCACUAUUGGUCACCAGAAAAUCCACAUUGGUAUCGUGAGGUGCUUAAUCAACAUCGUUGGAGUUUAUAUGUAUGGGUAGGCAUUUGCAAUGGCCAAGUCAUUGGACCUCAUUUUUUUGAACGUCCAAUUAAUAGUCCAAUGUAUUUAGAAUUCCUCGAAAAUGAUUUGCCAGCAUACCUAGAGAAUGUUCCCCUUGCAGUUAGACUAAAUUUAUGGUAUCAACAAGAUGGUGCUCCUGCUCAUUAUGCUCGUAUUGUACGGAUGUUUUUGAAUCAAAGGUUCCCAAAUUGGUGGAUAGGGCGGGGUGGGCCAGUUCUGUGGCCUCCGAGAUCACCGGAUUUGAACCCCCUUGAUUUUUUUUUAUGGGGAUACGUUAAAGAUGCAGUGUAUAGUGAAGCUCCAACGAUUGAAUAUGAUGGAAAGAAUAAGAAGAGCUUGUGA